CUGGCCGGCUCCUACUUUCCUCAUUCCCAUCUAUACCCCUCUCAUGCCUCCCCACCAACCCGGUGAUCUCGAACCCCCCCCGAAAGUUCCACCAGAAAUUUAUAACACCGUUCGCCAAACAUGGGUUCAAACUUGGAAAGACUUUUACGCCUGGAAACCUCCCUCCACUCUCCCGGUCGAAGAUGGCUGGGUGAGUAUGCGAGCAGAGGAAGAGGAUAAGAACCUUGUUAAAGAUCAUGAGGAUUUCGGUAAGCGCAUGGCCGCACUACUGGAGAAGUUUGAGCAGGAAAGUGGGAGAGAAGGAAAGUUGGCAGAGGUCGAGUUUGAAGGUGCUGCCGAACUUAAGCCUCUACAGAAUACCAACAAAUCGCCAAUCGAAUGGAACGUACAUGGUAGACCGAUUCGUCCUCUCCCACCCAUCUACAGCCUUACACCCACUAUUGAUCCCGUCCCCGAGUACGCCUUUUGUAUCUACACCCCUCGCAGCAUCUUGUCACCUGAUGAAGUUAUUAUGCCCUUUAUGCCUACCUUUGACGAUGACACGCUCGACAUACCAGGAUUCGAGACUGAAAAAGAAAAAUAUUCGUCUCUUUUUACUAGCUGCUUAUGGGACUUACCGGGACGAGAUGCUGAUGUGGAUAUUAUCAUGUUUGAAACGUUGAAAAGGCUGGAGAAGCUAGAGGUAGAGAAAGAAGAUAUCGACAGGACAAGGAUAUUACCAAAAGAGUGUCUCUACGUGGAAAGUCUCGAUUUGAGAAGAGAUCUACCUCCAUUUCCAUUACCUCCUCAAAAUAUCGACUCAGUCACAGGAAGGAAGUUGCCGGAUGGCCUAAAUCAUGUUGUAGGAGCAAAGAGGAAAUGGGAGGAACCGUUAGAGCUUAUUGAAGAGGAUUUCGAAGAUGAUCUAGAAGGGUUUGAGGAAGCAUGUUGCCAUUAUCCUACUUGCACAAGCGUCAUGUGUAUUAGGCAUACCGGCAUGUAUUUUGACGGUUUAACACGUAAUACAGCCAGAGGCUCAAGCUUUAACGCCGGAAAUCAGCGUCUACCUCGUAUCUCAUCAGUACUCCCUACCCUCUCUGAACCUUGCUCCCCCACAUGUUACUCAUUAACUAGUAAUGAAGCGACAUUAGGGGAAAGACUGUUGUCCAUCCGACUGGAGAAGGAAUGGUCGGAAUCGGACAAGCAACAGCUUAUAGAUAUACUUUCUGCAUACGAAGGCUCAAGACUCGAAAGAAUAUGUGGAUUGAAAGAUGUCUUCAACCGAACUUGUGCAGAGGUCGCGCGGCAAGUCACCAGUAUCUUACAAGAUCGAUCGAGAGGACCAAGUGUGCAUGAGCCAGGUGCUGACAUGGAAUGUUCAACUCCUUCAUCUACAUCUGGAUCGUUAAGGCCACUUUUACAAAGGUCAAAGUCCAGUAAAGCCCAAUUGAUACCGAUAACCAAUCGUUUGCCCGAGUUCGUGGAGUGCGAACAUGAAGGCGAGUGUCUUCCAGGUGUUUGUAGUUGCGCCAAUGGCAAGUUGCCAUGUGGGCGACACUGCUCUUGUCCUUCCACGUGUACAAGGCGUCAUCGCGGUUGCAACUGCCGCCGUAUAGCGAUACAAGAAGGCAGACCUGUAAGAGACGGCAAAAUAUGUAUUAAUGGUAAAUGUCCUUGUAUAAGGAGUUUCAGAGAAUGUGACAAGGAGCUAUGCGGCAGUUGCGGAGCUGCUGAGGAGCUGGUACAAGACGAGGAGAUUCUCAAGACGACAGGUAGUUUCGGAAAGGAUGGGGAAUGGGUUGAGAACAAGGAUAAAAUGGCUCAAGGUCAAACAUUCAUCAGCUGCGGAAAUAUAGCUUUACAAAAAGCAAAGUGGCCGAAGCUGAGAGUAGGGAUAAGCAAGGUAGCAGGGUACGGGUUAUUUGCCGACGAAGAUAUCGGCCAACAUGUGCCUGUAGGGGAAUAUGUGGGGGAGUAUAUUUCUGAAUGGGAAGGUGAUAAUCGAAAUUUCGCUGAAUCUAUUAAUAAACGGCGAUAUCAAUUCACCAUCAACCCACAAUUUAUCAUUGAUGCUGGUUUCUUUGGUAACCACACGCGGUUCAUCAACUCUGCUCAAGGAAAUAAUGUGAAUUGUGUCGCCCAUCAGAGAGCAGUGGGUCACGAGCUCAGGAUAUUGUUUCUGACAACGAGACCCAUCAGACGACAUGAGGAAAUCCAUUUCAACUAUGGAGACGACUUUUGGGAUAAUCAUUAGACCGGUUUGCAGGCUCAAUGAGAGGCGUAGAAGUGACAGAGGACGAAAGGAGGAAAGGAAUGUCGGUAGGCCCAUCGCGCUGAGAAAAUGGCAUUGGCAAAAUAGAUGUUGCAAUGGAUGUGGGCUUGGUGUUGCUGAUGGAACAAAGUUUGGUCCUUAUAAAUGGGAACCUUUCGUGAUCCUUGUAGGGUAUUAAUGAUAUUCAGUUCAUGUCUGCAUGGUGAAACACACCUUUGACAUGCCAUAGACAUAAAAGUAUACGAGCAUCGGGAAAGAUAGUCAAGGCUGAGUUGAUCUCCGCCGUGUCCUUAUCCAUAUGGAUUAUUUUAGGUCGGAUCUGGGACUCUUCACGCACUUGACGCAAGAAUGCUGUGAGCGCUUUUAUCGCCCGCUUCGUCUCCAAUAUGCAGUAAAACGCAGGUACACCAGUUUCGACAUCGUGGACAAUACAAGUGUAAAGCUCAAGAUUGUCGCUGUUGGUACCGACUUGUACAUAAUAUCGAUCCGCAUACAUGCCCAUUCAGACACCAAACCAAAGUCCGCUUACAUGUCGCAUCUAAUGACAUCUCUUCCACCUGGAUUUCUCGCUCUCUAAUAUUGUCCAGAAUGUGAUGAAGGUCAAAGCCGAUAGCGAUGAUUCCCUCCAUCUCUGACAUAUCCAGAUAGACAACAUUACCCUCUCUUUCCUCCUGCUCAAGUAGCUUUUUCAUUGAUACCACUGGGUCAUUGUCAAGGCGGUAUGGUUCGAGCAAGAUGUCCGACAUUCGGUUACGAAUCUGGUCAUCAGUGAGCCAAUGGUACUGGUUAUUGAACUCUUCGAUAAUAGCCAAUACAUCCUUGGCUUUCAGAUUAUUGGCAACCCUAGACUUGAGGAUUUCACGGAUACGCUCCUCUACUUCAGAAGGCACAUCGGUACGCUGAUACUUGAUGUGAGGGAUAGCAUGCUUCGCUGUAAUGGCGAUAACACCUCGCUGACUGUUGUAGCGAAUGGAGAAAUGACCGCGACAGGGAAACCUGUCCAUCCCCCUCCUGCCUUCGCGUCUUGCUUUGGGGGCCUUGGACUGAGAAGGCGAAGGUGAAAGCGGAAGUGAGAAUGAGGUAAGGGAUGUUGCUGAGGGGACAUUGAGGGCGAGCCUAGCUUUGGGCGCCAGUGACGAGCUUUGACAACAGUCAUGUGACCCUCGAAGCAUUGCCAUCGACUUCGGUUUUAUCUUGCCUGUACAGAUGCUAGCCAUGCAAACCGGGUGAUAAGGAUGGGCUGACACAAAACGACAGCCGCUACCGGAGUCAACACCGGUCAUGCUCUGCGCUAAAUCUUUCGCAAACAUCUCUAUAGCUUUUCCCUCUACCGUCGGCUUCUGCGCUGCGGGCACCUCCCAGUCGCCUUGGAAGUUUAUAGGUUUGUCAUGGACCGAGGCUCGAAGCUUGAUCUCCUCUUCAGAACCAUUUUUAUGCCCUUAAAUCGAAGUAUUGGGUCAACACUGUGGAUAUGACAGUGGAUUGAAGCACGGAACGCGUUCGCGAGAGCUCCGAAACUGUCAUACCUCUGGAUUUCCUAAAAAAACGCUGUCAGCGUACCUUUCCUCUGCGGCUUCAAGGCGAGCUUACUGCCGGCGCCUCAAUCUUUCUCCUUUCGAUAGCUGCUACUUUCUCCGUUUUCUUUCUUGUUCUGUUCGCGCGACUUCUUUCGCGGCCCAGAUAAAGACACCUGAGGCAUUGUGUCUUCGGCUUUUCCCAGUGGCAGGUUACGUAGACCAUUUAGUUGGCGAUAUAUAAUCAGGGACGAUAUGGAUAGAUGGAUGCAUAAAGAAGGAAGCAGUGGUGGAAGAAGAAAAUGACUGACCGCGUUCGUUGUUUGGGUUACAUAGUUUGGUUUUUGUUUUGUUUUAUUAUU